AUGCUGUCUCACGCCGACCUCCUGGACGCCAGGCUAGGUAUGAAAGAUGCCGCCGAGCUUCUGGGCCACCGGGAGGCGGUGAAGUGUAGGCUGGGCGUGGGGGGCUCCGACCCUGGGGGCCAUCCAGGGGACCUAGCGCCCAACUCCGACCCAGUCGAGGGAGCCACUUUGCUGCCCGGGGAGGACAUCACUACGGUGGGCUCUACGCCGGCCUCGCUGGCGGUGAGCGCAAAGGACCCGGACAAACAGCCGGGGCCCCAAGGAGGCCCGAACCCCAGCCAAGCCGGCCAGCAGCAGGGCCAACAGAAGCAGAAGCGCCACCGGACGCGCUUCACCCCGGCGCAGCUCAACGAGUUGGAGAGGAGCUUCGCGAAGACUCACUACCCCGACAUCUUUAUGCGCGAGGAGCUGGCGCUGCGUAUCGGGCUGACGGAGUCCCGAGUGCAGGUCUGGUUCCAGAACCGGCGCGCUAAGUGGAAGAAGCGCAAGAAGACCACCAACGUGUUCCGCGCGCCGGGAACUCUGCUGCCCACACCUGGCCUGCCUCAGUUUCCGUCAGCCGCCGCCGCCGCCGCCGCCGCUAUGGGCGACAGCCUGUGCUCUUUCCACGCCAACGACACCCGCUGGGCGGCGGCCGCCAUGCCGGGCGUGUCACAGCUGCCGCUGCCGCCGGCUCUGGGCAGGCAGCAAGCCAUGGCGCAGUCGCUGUCCCAGUGCAGCCUGGCGGCCGGGCCGCCGCCCAACUCCAUGGGCCUGUCCAACAGCCUGGCGGGCUCCAACGGCGCGGGGCUGCAGUCGCACCUCUACCAGCCCGCCUUCCCCGGCAUGGUGCCCGCUUCCCUCCCCGGCCCCAGCAACGUCUCCGGCUCGCCCCAGCUCUGCAGCUCCCCGGACAGCAGCGACGUGUGGCGGGGCACGAGCAUCGCCUCCCUCCGCCGCAAGGCGCUAGAGCACACAGUCUCCAUGAGCUUCACUUAA